GAAAUUUUUCUCGGAACGGCUCCACUUGCACCGCUCCACCGAAUUAGUUACCGUAGAAGGCAAGAGCGGACAGAAACAUGCUGUUGUGAUCACCUGGCAAUCGGCUGGCUAAAUAAAACCGCCUAAGCAAUGGGCAAGAGCGCUGGAGCGACAAAGGUAACGAAAGGGAGCUAGGCCCAAUUUAUCAUACGCCAUAGGAUCACUGGAAAAGUUGGAACUUUGAAACUUCUUCCCCACGAAUGAGCUCGCCGAAUAACUUAAUAUACAAUACAAUACAAUAUACCAAGAAUCUUCCCGAUAUUCACUUUACCAAAAAUACAUACUAUACAGCAGUACCGACUAAAAUUCGAGAAUCCUUCUACCCACUACCUCAUCCACAAACCUAAGAUCAUCACUUUCAUCUUCUCACAUCGUUAGAUCUGUAUACUUGAACCGCCCACCAUCUCCCACUUCCCACUUCUCACCUGCACGUGGCGUAUCAUAUUAGCGAAGCUUCCCAACAGUGUUGUUAGAAAGAACGUGGUCUGCCGAGUUUUUGAAUUGUAGACGGUGUAUUGGUGGUACUGGGGAGUUUCAACAUACUCGUCCUACUGGGAGCGACCGACGUACGUGCUAGAAGUUCAACAUGGAUAGACAAGAAUCGAUAUGGACUCGUCGUAACAAUGUUACCAACCUCUCUCUGUCCACGCCGAGUCAGUCCGAUAAUUCCACAACCCCGCGGGACUUCUCGAGUCUAGCACGUCGAAAUGGCACCACUUCAUCCCACGGCCGCUCGAACCCAUUUGGCGCGACGACUCCCGGCGGCACCCUGACCUCUCCUACUAGCGCCGGAGGGGCUAAUCAGUUUGGCCUCGGAUCCGGCGCAUUCGCAUCGUUCGGUUCGGCCAAGACUCCCAAAUCUCAAGGAAAUCCCUUCGAGCAAGCCAUGGGUGCAGUCGGCGCCAAGACCCCCUCCUCCGAGAAGACGGCAAAGGAAGCUAUGCGAUCCACCGUCGGCAAACCUUCCAUGGGCUCCAUCUCUGAGACGAGCGCCCAGCAGGCGUCCGCGGCAUCAACACACCCUCUCCGCGACACGUGGGUGUUUUGGUACAGGCCGCCUAUUACCAAGGCUAACGGCUACAUCGAAUAUGACAAGACGUUACAUGCCAUGAUGUCAGUCAAGACUGUGGAGGAGUUCUGGUUGGCCUAUUCACACUUGAAGCGGCCUUCGUCGCUGCCCACGGUAUCGGACUACCAUCUCUUCAAGAAGGGUAUCCGUCCAAUAUGGGAAGACGACGAAAACAAGCUCGGCGGAAAGUGGGUUCUGCGACUGAAGAAGGGUGUCGCCGAUCGAUACUAUGAAGAUCUCCUAAUGGCCUGUAUUGGCGAUCAAUUUGGAGACGAGACCGAUGAGCUCUGUGGUGUUGUACUGAGUAUGCGCAACGGAGAGGACGUGCUGAGUAUUUGGACCCGUAGCACUGGACAGAAAGUCCUCAAGAUCCGCGAGACGAUGCGGCGCGUGCUGAACUGUCCACCCGAAACUCGCAUCGAGUUCAAAAGUCAUGAUGCCAGCAUGCAGCAGCGUUCUGCUAUUGACGAGAUGCGCCGCGAGAAGGCGGCGCAGAACCACCACGGCGACAAGCGAACUCACAACAACAAUAACAAACCCCGACAGUUACAAGACGAACAGCAACGAUCGUAGUGGGAUCAACUAUUCCGAGCCCCGCGCCGUCGACGAUGAGGUGGCUUUGCUGUUAAAUACUCGCAUUUGCAUGCAUGGUUUUUCCCGCGCACAAUCAUUACGGUGAGGACGGUCCCGACUAGAAAAACAAGCAGCGAAUUGUAUUAGGGUAGAAGCGUUCUGAUCAAUGCGAAAGCAGGCCAUUUUUUGUUUGUUACGUUAUGCUACUUGGUGCUGCCUGUUGAGGUUUCGUCUCGUCUCAAACGUCUCGUCUCCUCCUCGACGACGCCCUAUGUUUGCUUGCUAGCCAUGACGCGAGAAAACAAAAACCCUCCCAAAUGGCUCCUCCUACUUACCCUCCUUGUCCCUAAAGGCCGGAUUUAGGAUGAAUGUGUAACUAGGAUCUUCAGAUGCCGAUGACGUCUGCAUAUAUGUGUGUCUAUGUGUUGUAUGUGUACAUUAUGAGGGGGGGUGUCAUACGAUUAUGAUAGGUUCUUGCGGCAUGUUGGGUUUCUUUUUUAUGUGUGUGUGGUUGAAUGUGUCUGACGGGAAAAAAAGAAACGAAACGAAAUAUCUAACACCCACCCCUUUGUGGUUGGUAAGGACGGGUCCCAUGAACUAGGUUAUCGGGCCGUAUGAUUCCACGCUUUGAUGUAUUGUAUAGGUAGCUGUAUUAAAAUCCAGGUGCUAGAGGCUGGCGGUGGCCUAAUUACAUGAUGAAAAUCUAAGGAAGCUAGGACUUUAAGAAUC